AUGGAGUUGCUUCCCAGCGCGCCAGUGGUUGUUUUGGUGGGCCACCUGCCGCACCUCGGUCACUUCGCGGCGUCGCUGCUGCAGAACCCGGCGGCGGCCGGGCGGCUGCAGGGCCUCUUCCACCCGGCCUCGGGCCUGGCGCUGAAAGCGACGGAGGGCGUCUGGGCGGAGGACCAGGAGCUUCGAUGCGAGCCAGGCAGGCGCUCGCUAAGACGCCUUUGA